AUGGCGUUAUCCGAUGCGUUGCUCGCAAACCUUCCCAAGGUCUACAUUGCGGUGGUUUUCGUGAUCAAGGCGUAUGGUUUGGUUUCUGGUUGUAACAUUGGCGCCGUAGUUCUCGUUAUCGCGUCGACUGCAGUGGUCGUCGCCAUGUUGGUUCUAACGAUGGCUUGGGACGUAUUAAGAGGAGCAACAAAAUCAAUCUCGCAGUACAAGAAUAUCAGUCACCGUCACCAUAACGACGGUGGCGUUGGUGGUAGCUGUAAAGGAGGGAUUUGCUGGUACGGUUUAGCGUUCCGGUCACACGCUUCACAGAUUCGGUUUAGGCUCCCAUAA